AAAAGAAAAAAAGAAAAAAGAAAAGAAAAGAAAAAAAAAGAAACUCCAACUGAGAAACUCUCUAAAAAUCAAUAUCUUUUUUUCACUCACAGAUUCAACCUUUUCACAUUUUUCCGUUCUCUCUCUUUCUCUCUCUCUCACUCUCACUGUCUCUGAAACAGUCCCCACCAAAUCAUCGGCCAUUACUGCACCUCUCGCUUCUCUCCCUUUGCCCUUCUCACACCCUGGGGACUGCAAGCCAGUCACAAUGCCCACCUUCUUCUUCCUCUUCUUCUUCUGGUUGAUCUUCUUUCUCUUAUCCUCCACCGUCAAUUUCAUAUCCUCUACCUCCAUUGUCGCUCCUCGCCGUAGAAUCCUCCACCAGCCUUUUUUCCCUCUCGACGCACUCCCUCCCUCUGAACCGCCAUUGCAGUCUUCUCCACCACCUCCCAUCCCAAAACCCAAAUACCCAUUUUCCGCUUCCCCUUCUACCCCUAACCCAUCUCCGUUUUUCCCAUCCUACCUCGCUCCACCUCCUCCUCCAACUCCGGCUACCUUUGCUUCCUUCCCAGCGAAUAUCUCCUCUCUUAUCCUUCCACGUUCAUCUUCUACCAAGCCUGCGUCUCACAAGCUCGUUGCUCUUUCUAUCGCUGCCGUCGUCUCCGCGGUGUUUGUCCUCGGCAUUGGCCUUUUCUUCUAUUGCCGCCGUAGGCGCAACCGGAGCUUUGCCGAUGAUAAGACUUUUAGAUCGGAAAACAGCAACAGGUUGUUCCCGGCCAAUGUCGAGACCACCAAUGGGACCCACAAGCUUAGAACUACCUCCACGACGAGCUCGGAGUUUCUCUACCUUGGAACUCUGGUCAGUUCGCGUGGAAUCGAUGACCAAGCUGAUUUGCUUAACAAUGGCGGCGGCGGUGAUGGCACCAGAGGUGGCGAUAGUGGUCUGGACAGUAGGAAAAUGGAAUCUCCGGAGCUUCGUCCGCUUCCGCCGCUCGCUCGGCAGACUUCGCAGGUAAAUUGUUGUAAUGGCGAAGAGGGUUCGACUGUGGACGACGAGGAGGAGUUUUACUCGCCAAGGGGGUCUUCCGGUUGGCGGGAGAGUUUCAGUGGUACUGGAUCGGGCUCUAGAAGAGUUCUGACGGCCAUGGCCGGCGAGAACUCGGAUGGAAGAACCAGUGGUUCCAGUUCAUGCUCUUGCUCUUCUUCCAGUUCACCACGCCUUUCACACUCGGUCAGUCUUUCUUCUCCGGCUAGUUUGAGUCCCAGAAGACCAGAACCCAGUUCUCCGGAGCUUUCAGUCUUGCCGGCAAGUUCGCCUCCUUUGACGUCGAUGGCUAAUGAGACGAGGUCUCCAUUGACAUCGCCAUCCCUGUCGCCGCUUUCUUCAUCGCCCGAGAGAGUUCUAGAGAAGAUACGAACUUCGUCACUGGGGCAAUCGAAUGUUUCCCAUGGAGAUGCACGGUCUCCUUCAUUAUCCCCACUUUCUUCCCCACCACACAAGACUCUGGAAAACAUUACUCUAAGUGGUGCAUCGCAUCCAAAUGGGAGGUCUCCUUCACCGUCUUCUCCGUCAUCGUCGCCGGAGAGGAGUUUGGAGAAGAACGCAGAUGCAUCAUCAGCAUCACCAAGAGUCUCGGUUGCUUUGGAUCGAAAUACGAAGUCUCCAUCACUGUCCUCUUUAUCUUCUUCAACUUCUCCAGAGAGGGGUUUAGAGCGAUUGACAGAAACAUCUCCGAGAAGGCUGUCAAUUUCGUCGUCCCCGCCUUCCCUGUCGCCUGAAAGAGAUUUAGCGAAGAACCCAGAUGCAUCAUCACCUAGAAUUUCGAAUUCAUCAUCAUCACCACCACCAUCAUCACCAGAGAGAGUUGUGGAUGGAAUCCGUUCAGAAAAUUCUCCAAGAGUUUCAAAUGUUUUUGAUCUUAAAAUGCAGUUUCUCUCACCAUCUCCACCUUCCAUGUCGCCAGAAAGAGAUUUGGUGAAGAAUAGAGAUGAAUCGCCGAGAAAUUCAAACGCUUCCGAUCUAAUUUCAUUCGAUUUAGAUCCAAACAGAAGGUCCCUUUUAUCAUCUACACUUCCUUCAUCUCCAGAGAGAGUUUCAGAGAAUAAUUCAGAUGCAUCAUCACCAAGAACAUCAAAUGCUUCUGAUCAAUGUCCAGAGUCUCCGGUGAUAAUUACCACUACUUUGAAUCAACCACCUCCAUCAGUUCCACCCCCUCCGCCACCGGCUCCGCCACCGCCUCCAAAAAGUUACUGGGAAAACCCAAAUUCUACAACACCCGUUGCUAAGCCUAUCUCUAAGCCACCCCCUCUUAUACCCCCUUCAACGCCCUUUGUAUUCCAAACCCCAACAAAGCAGCUUUCUAUAUCUCCAAUGGAGUUGCCACCUAGUUCUAAGACAAUGGAGAAGGUUGAGGAGACACCUAAACCAAAGCUAAAGCCAUUGCAUUGGGAUAAAGUAAGAGCUAGCUCUGAUCGCGAAAUGGUGUGGGAUCAGCUAAGAUCGAGCUCAUUUAAAUUGAAUGAAGAAAUGAUUGAGACAUUGUUUAUUGUGAAUGCCCCAAACUCAAAACCAAAGGAAGCAACUCCUCGCUCGGUUCUUCCCUCACCAAAUGUGGAAAAUCGAGUGCUUGAUCCGAAAAAAUCUCAAAAUAUUGCAAUUUUGCUGAGGGCGCUCAACGUGACCAUAGAGGAAGUUUGUGAAGCUCUUUUAGAAGGUAAUGCUGAUGCACUUGGAACUGAACUACUUGAGAGCUUAUUGAAGAUGGCUCCAACCAAAGAAGAAGAACGCAAACUUAAGGAAUACAAAGAUGAUUCACCACUCAAGCUUGGUCCUGCUGAGAAAUUUCUUAAGGCUGUGCUUGAUGUACCAUUUGCCUUCAAAAGGGUCGAUGCAAUGCUGUACAUAGCUAAUUUUGAGUCUGAGGUUGAGUACCUCAAAAAGUCUUUUGAAACUUUAGAGGCUGCCUGUGAAGAAUUGAGAAACAGUAGGAUGUUCUUGAAGCUUCUCGAAGCUGUACUCAAGACUGGAAACCGAAUGAAUGUUGGAACCAACCGUGGUGAUGCCCAUGCCUUCAAGCUCGACACACUCCUCAAACUUGUUGAUGUCAAGGGUGCUGAUGGAAAAACCACACUCUUGCAUUUUGUGGUACAAGAAAUCAUUAGGACUGAAGGUGCUCGCCUCUCUAAUGCCAACCAAACUCCAAGCUCCACUUUGAAUGAUGAUGUCAAGUGUAGGAAGCUUGGUCUCCAAGUUGUUUCUGGUCUCAGUUCAGACCUCACCAAUGUUAAAAAAGCUGCUGCAAUGGAUUCCGAUGUGCUUAGCAGUGAUGUUUGCAAGCUUUCUAAAGGGCUUAGCAACAUUAGGGAGGUUUUGCAAUUAAAUGAGACAAUGGGGUCAGAUGAAAGCCGCUUGAGAUUUUCAGAGUCAAUGGACAGAUUCAUGAAAAUGGCCGACGAGGAGAUAAUAAGAAUUCAAGCCCAAGAGAGUGUUGCUCUGUCUCUAGUUAAGGAGAUCACUGAGUACUUUCAUGGAAACUCCGCAAAGGAAGAAGCCCAUCCUUUCAGAAUAUUUUUGGUGGUGAGGGACUUUCUUACAGUUCUAGAUCGGGUGUGCAAGGAAGUCGGAAUGAUUAACGAACGAACAAUAGUUAGUCAUGCACAUAAAUUUCCAGUUCCCGUGAAUCCAACACUACCACAAGUUUUUCCAGUACUCCAUGGAAGACAGCAAUCAAGCUCGUCCGAUGAUGAGAGUACAUGUGCAUAGCAGGAUUAAUGUGCCUUAACUGGUUUGGGCAGAUUAAAUCUUGCAUGGUCUAUGCCUUGACAGGUCUUUGUAUUGUCUUUAAGCCCCUUUUCCACCCAAACCCAAAAUUCGUACCUGUAAAAAGCCGUGUAUAAGAUUUUGAUUUCGUCCUAUAGAUAAUAUAUACGAAGGAGGAGAUUUUCUUUGAGAAAAGUAAGUUAUAUGCCAUAUUAGUUGGAUUUGCUGUGUCUGAAACAUUGGAUAUACAAAUGCUCUUGUUGAAAAAUAAGAGCCUGUAGAUAGUUCCCAAUUAGCGUUAGGAUUUAUAUUGUAUCUGUAUCAAUUUAGUAAUUAAUUCUCUGUUUCGACUUUU